ACAAACUCUUCUUGUUUUUUUUUUUUUUUCAUACAGUUUGGCUGCGACAAGGAUGAAAUCUUCAGAUGAAGAAGAAGAGCACGACUCACACCGGCAAGCCCUAAAGAGGAAAUCUGCAGAAGAAGAAGAAGAGAACGACUCAUACCAACACGUAGUUUUGAAGGGUGAGAGAGUUCUCAAACAUUGUGCGGAGAAACAGGAAUACACUAUUAUAUCCAGUCCCAUCUCUUUUUGGUCUUUAAUUUUUCUAUACAGCUUGACCAUGGCAAGGAGGAUGAACAAUGAUGUAGAUAACUACAACAGAGCUCUAAAGAAGAAAAGGAUGACAAACAAGGAUGAUGAACAAGAAAAACACUCAUACUUGGACCAAAAAGUCGUCCUGAGUGUUGACAUCUACCAUGCCAAAGGUCUCGAUGGCCCUAAUUAUAGUACGAUAUGUUGUACUAAUAGGGUCUAUCAACUUGUCUUACGGGUGGAACCUGGCAAAGAGUACGAGUCGAAGUUUGUCUACAGUUGCCAAACCCUAAACGGAAUCUACAAGUGAAUUUCCAACUCAGCACCAAUCUUUUGGAAUGGGGAUCUCUACACGUGAAGAUCCUGAAGAAAGACGAGUCUGAGCUAGGAACCUCCAAUGGGAUAUCCAGUGUGAGCAGGACUAGAAUCCUGUUACCGAAGAUGAACCAGAAAAAAAAAAAAAAAGAAAAAAAAAAAGGGAAGUUUGGACUGGUAAAGAGCGAAGGACACUGAAGGCUGAAGGACACCCUUUUUUUUUUUUUUUUUUUUGUCAAUGAAACUUGGUCAAUAUAUAAGCUUAGAUGAGUAACCUAAUUAGUUAGAUAGUUCCUCAUUAAAUCUGAUGAGGGUGACUUACUUAUCUAGAUGUACUCAUACAAUUUAUUUUAUCCUAAUUGCAAUUUUGGACUUCUUGAUACAAAAAAAAAAAAAAAAAAAAAGAGCUUUAAUGAAAAUGGCUUCUCAAAACUUUUAAUUAACCAAAACAAUCUACAAACUUUAAUAAAAAUGAUUCAAAUUUUAAUGAAAAUGACAAAAGUUUUACAUAAUAAUAAUAAAGAAAAAAACAGCCAACACAUUCUGACACGCAGAACCACGCGUCACAUCACACACAUUCACAUUCUCUUCCACACUCAACCGUUCAAUCUCUUUCUCUCUCUCCCUUUUUCACAUAUUCCUAUCAAUUUUUCUCUCUCAUUUCACCUCACCCAU